AUGUUCGCUACAUUGUUUUAUUGCGCACUUUCUUUGUUGAGUAUAUCUAACGCCCUACCCUUUACUAUCCCAACUAUUACAUCCUUGAAGACUAUUCAUUCCUCCUCCCCCCCGUGCUUGAAUCGCCGCGUAACGCCAUUAUGUCAUCGCGUCGUUUACAUCGUUACCAAUCUAGAAUUUACACUCUCCACUCUCUAA